ACUUCUCCAGCGCUGCGUUUCCCACCCCAUCUCUCUCUCUCUCUCUCUUUUUCUCUCGAGCAAGCACACACAGACCCCUCUCUCACACACACACCUCGGUUUUCUUCUUUAGCUCUAACUAUUCUUCCUUUGCUUGUUUCUUCUUCCCCUUUCCUGUUUUUUUUCUUUUUCCCACUCCCCCAAACACACACACAUACACACACACUUUCAGGUUUUUUUUCUCAGAAUUUCUGUUACUCUUCAUCCUUUCCUGCCUCAUCAUUUCGAUUUUCGCGCGUGUGUGUCAAACAUACAAAUGCUAAUAUAGCAUAGAGCUCCCCUCUGUGUAUCGCUGCCUCUGCCUCCCCUUCCCCAGCUCCACUGCCCCCUGCACUCCCCCUCGGCUCCGCUCCUCGGUGGAGUGAGUUUGGUGGAAUCUCUGCUGACGUCACGUCGCUCCCAGUGCAGAGAGGGGGCGAGAGAGAGAGAGCCGGAGAGUAAAAGAAAGAGCGAGUCAGACACAGGAAGAUCUCCGAUCCCACAGCGAAUACACUAGCCCUCCGCCGCCCCCCUCCACGGAACCCUGCGCUCUGGUUUGGAUCCUUUAUUACUUCUGCCCCCGCGUCGCUGGCGCUGCAGUCAAGCCAGCCCGCAGGAUUUGCUCGAUCUCGAGGAGGAGAAGGAAGAAUAACGGGGUGGAAAGCUCAACUGGUAGCCGAUAACGGGUGAUGGAGUCCAACUGUCGUAAGCUAGUAUCGGCUUGUGUUCAAUUAGUAGGGGUGCAACCUUCUACAGUUGAAUGUCUUUUCUCCAAAGACUCUGAUAUUAAAAAGGGGGAAUUCAGUGACUCUCCAGAGGGCAGGAAAGAGGCAACCAGCAGCAAGCUUUUCGGGAGGCAGCAUCCCAGCGCCAACGAGAAAGAGAAAAACCAGCAGAGUAAAAAUGAGGAUGCCGGGGUUGACGAUCCCUCCAAGAAAAAGAGGCAACGGCGGCAGAGGACUCAUUUCACCAGCCAGCAGCUGCAAGAACUAGAGGCCACUUUCCAGAGGAAUCGCUACCCGGACAUGUCCACCCGAGAAGAGAUCGCCGUCUGGACCAACCUCACCGAAGCCAGAGUCAGGGUUUGGUUCAAGAACCGCAGAGCCAAAUGGAGAAAGAGAGAAAGAAACCAGCAGGCUGAGCUUUGCAAAAAUGGCUUUGGUCCACAAUUUAACGGUCUAAUGCAGCCCUACGAUGAUAUGUACCCCGGCUAUUCUUACAACAACUGGGCAGCCAAAGGCCUGACCUCUGCCUCCCUUUCCACCAAAAGCUUUCCUUUCUUCAACUCUAUGAAUGUCAACCCUCUGUCUUCUCAGAGCAUGUUCUCCCCUCCAAAUUCCAUUUCAUCCAUGAGUAUGUCUUCAAGCAUGGUGCCCUCUGCAGUCACUGGGGUCCCUGGUUCCAGCCUCAACAGCCUGAAUAACUUGAACAACUUGAGCAAUCCCUCUCUGAAUUCUGCAGUGCCAACGCCAGCCUGUCCUUAUGCUCCUCCAACACCUCCUUAUGUUUAUAGGGACACAUGUAACUCUAGCUUGGCUAGUCUGAGACUUAAAGCCAAGCAGCACUCCAGCUUUGGAUACGCCAGUGUUCAGAACCCAGCUUCCAACCUGAGCGCAUGCCAAUACGCUGUGGACAGACCCGUGUGAGAUAUUAAAGUAUAAAAUACUGAAUGGGAAUCCCUCCCCCUUCCCACAAAGACUGAGAAUUAUACUAGAAAGUAAUGGGCACUAUAGAGAAAGAGAACGAAAGAAAGAAAGAAAACAAAGAGAAAAUGAAACCACUGAAAUAAGAUAGUCCCUUUGUUUUCAAAGGACCUCCUGCAGAUUCUGACAUAUUUCACUAAGAGUAUUUCCAACAGUUACAAGAACACACACACACAUACACACACACACACAUAUAUAUAUAUAUAUUUACAUAUGCAUAUAUAUAUAUAUAUAUAUAUAUAUGGACAAAUGUUUGACUGGAUAUGAUAUGACAUUUUAAUGUUACUAUAAGCUUGUUAUUUUUUAAGUUUAGCAUUGUUAACAUAAAAAAUGACUGAAAGGAUGUAUAUAUAUGGAAAUGUCAAAUUAAUUUUAUAAAAGCAGUUGUUAGUAAUAUCACAACAGUGUUUUUAAAGGUUAGGCUUUAAAAUAAAGCAUGUUACACAGAAGCGAUUAGAAUUUUUCGCUUGCGAGCAAGGGAAUGUAUAUACUAAAUGCGACACUGUAUGUUUCUAACAUAUUAUUAUUAAAAAACAUUGUGUGAAUAUCAGUUUUAGAAUAGUAUCUCUGGUGGAUGCAAUGAUGUUUCUGAAAUUGCAAUGUAAAACAUGCCCUGUGUAUAACAUUUCGUACAAUAUUAUUGUUUUACUUUUCAGCAAACAUGAAAAAUGUGUUUUAUUUCAUGGGAGUAAAAUAUACAGCAUA